AUGGCCCCUCCUCUCCGGCUUCCUUGCCUGGUUUCCUGCGCCGUGCAUGCGUCAAGCGCCACGGCAUCGUGUCGGCUGGUGGAGUCCAAGGUUUUUUGCACACUUAGAGGGACAAGGACAUCUUGGCGGGUGGGCCAGCCCAUGGCAAAGUUCUUCACAUGCACAUUGCAGUCAGUCUCUGUCUGCUGCAAUCGCACAUCCAGAGAGCCGGGUCGAGCCAUUGGAUCCGAGGAUAUACUGUUUCGUCCCAUUGCCCAACGAGAGGCCUUCGAAAUUCGUUGCGAUGCGCACGCUCCCUUCAUGAAGGUGCACUGGCUGUUGUGA